GGUCUCCAUCACCCACCUCCAUGCUUCGAAUCCUGCUCUCUGCCCAGACUUCCCCUGCUCGGCUGUCUGGUCUGCUGCUCGUCCCGCCAGUACAGCCCUGUUGUUUGGGGCCCAGCAAGUCGGGGGACCGGCCGUGUGGAGGAAGCCCCGUGCAAGGCCUUCAGCGGCUUCUGGAACAGGCACGGAGCCCCGGGGAGCUGCUGCGAUGGCUGAGUCAGAACCCCACCAAGGUGCGAGCGCAUCAUUACCCCGUGGCACUUCGUCGUCUGGGACAGCUCUUGGUGUCUCAACCUAGGCCUUCUCCUGUGGAGCAGUCCACACUGCAGGACUUGAGCCAGCUCAUCAUCCGAAACUGCCCCUCCUUUGAUGUUCACACCAUCCAUGUGUGUCUACACCUUGCAGUCUUACUUGGCUUUCCCUCAGAUGGACCACUCCUGUGUGCCCUGGAGCGGGAGCGAAGGUCCCGCCUCCCUCCAAAACCACCCUCCCCACAUCAGCCUGCCACCCAUGGUGGGCAAAGGUUGGAAAUGGCCCUGAGCUGUCCCCAUUUCCUGCGGUACCCUCGUCAGCAUCUGAUCAGAAGCCUGGCAGAGGCAAGGCCAGAAGAACUGACUCCCCAUGUAAUGGUGCUUCUGGCUCAGCACCUGGCCCGGCACCGGUUGCGGGAACCCCAGCUUCUAGAAGCCAUUGCUCACUUCCUGGUGGUUGAGGAAGCCCAGCUCAACAGUAAGGUGGUACAGAAGUUGGUCCUGCCCUUUGGGAGGUUGAACUACCUGCCCCUGGAGCAGCAGUUUAUACCCUGUCUUGAGAGGAUCCUGGCUCGGGAAGCAGGGAUGGCACCCUUGGCCACAGUCAACAUUUUGAUGUCACUGUGCCAGCUGCAGUGCUUGCCCUUCAGAGCCUUGGAGUUUGUCUUCUCCCCCAGUUUCAUCAACCACAUCAGUGGCACCCCUCCUUCUCUGAUUGUGCGACGCUACCUCUCUCUGCUCGACACGGCUGUGGAGCUUGAACUCCCAGAGUACCAAGGCCCCCGACUUCCCCAAAGACAGCGAGUGCCCAUCUUCCCGCAGCCCCUCAUCACUGACCGUGCCCGCUGCAAAUACAGUCACAAGGACAUAGUAGCUGAGGGGCUGCGCCAGCUGCUAGGGGAAGAAAAAUACUGCAGGGACCUGACUGUACCUCCAGGCUACUGCACAGACUUCCUGCUCUGUGUUGGUAGUUCUGGUGCUGUGCUACCUGUGAGGACACAAGACCCUUUCCUGCCCUACCCGCCACGGUCCUGCCGACAGGACCAGGCCGACUCUAACCCCACAACCCAAGAUUCUACCCAAAGGGUGGUGUUGAUGCUACGAGAACGAUGGCAUUUCUGCCGUGAUGGCAGGGUGCUGCUGGGCUCUCGGGCCCUGAGGGAGCGGCACCUGGGCUUGAUGGGCUACCAGCUCCUACCGCUGCCAUUUGAAGAACUGGAGUCUCAGAGAGGCCUGCCCCAGCUCAAGAGCUACCUGAGGCAGAAACUUCAGGCCUUAGGCCUCCGCUGGGGACCUGAGGGAGGGUGAGGGAGUACACACAGGGCUUAGGAUAAACCCCCUAUUGGGGGCAGGGGGACAAUUUGCACUUUGGCUCCCCUUGGUUUUUUCAUUAAAAUCCCUUUCCUUCCCCA